GUUCCGAGAAGUUCAGCCCGAAUCACAGGCCAUGAGAGGAUGUGAGUAACUUCUCCGGAAUUGCCCCCGCAGUGGAACCUGGGAUCAUCACCUCGCCGGGGCACUGAUUGUAUUCAUGAUUAUUGUAUUAUUUCACGGCUUGGAAGCCGAGAUCAUAUAACCCGACCUCCCAGAGAUAGAUACUCCGCGUCCGAUAGUACCAGGAAUGGCAUUUAGCAUCAGCAUACCUUGUUUUAAAGCCGCGGUGCCCAUCGGGCCUUGCUUAUGCUGGCAUCUGCACCUGUAGUGGGGACGGCCUCUCUAUCACGCUGCAUGUUAUCCCUCCUUCGAUUUAUUCUUCUUCCAUCUCCUCCUUUCGAGUCUACCUCUCGGCGAACCUGCAACAAUGCCCAGAAUCCUCUGCCUGCAUGGGAAAGGCACCAGUGGUGCCAUCUUCAAGUCCCAAACGUCUGCGCUGCGCGCUCGAUUAUCUGACUUGCAAAUCGACUUUGAAUUUGUCGAUGGAUUUUAUUCAUCCGAUCCGGCUCCAGGGAUUGACCUUUUCUAUCCACCUCCUUAUUACUCCUUCUGGGAGCAAGACAAUAUCGAAGCCGUUUUCCACAGUCGCGACUGGCUCGUGAACUACCUAAGAACCAAUGGCCCUUACGAUGCCCUCAUGAUGUUUUCACAAGGAUGCGCUGUCGGCUCAUCCACCGCCCUCCUUCAUUUGCUCGAAGAGCCAAAUCAACCCUUGCCCUUCAAAGCUGCCAUCUUCAUCUGCGCGGGAGUGCCGCUACGCGUGCUGGAAAGGGUGGGGUAUAAAAUUGCCCCCGAGGUCUGGGACAAGGACAUCGUGACCCGGAAGGCACUAGCAGCACAGGCCGACUCCUCAGCGAUCUUGUCGCAGGGCUCGAUGCGUUGGCAGGGGGAGAAGGGGCCCAGGGCGUCUGAGGCGGAUGUUCGGAAGGAAAUCGCGCCUUCAAACGUCCUGAUUGAUAUCCCAACGGUGCAUAUAUACGGUGACAAAGAUCCACGAUGGUCCGCUGGCAUUCAGCUGUCCCAGGCGUGUAACGCAGGCAAGAGGAAGAUGUAUAAUCACGGUGGGGGGCACGAAGUUCCUCGUACGAAUGAGGUGACUACGAGUAUGGCAGAGUUGGUUAGAUGGGCAUUGCGAGAGGGCGCCGUGAUUUGACGAGAACCUGGCCCGCGUUGACUGUUACAGAAUUCGAUUCAAA